UGCACGCACCUUUGGCACGCAAAUGCCAGGGCUAAUUUCGGCCCCCAGUCCGUCCCUGGUCUGAUGGUCCACCUGAUGUUGCCAAUGGUGAUCUGAUGCUCCAUCUAUGCACACAAGCAGCGAAUCUAAGAAGGCACAGUUUCCCAACUGAAGCAAGGCUUGAAGACUAGAUUAGAUUUCAUCCACUGAACACCAGUCCCAGCCAUGUCUAUAAUGGACCAUAACCCCACCACAGGGGUAGUCACAGUAAUUGUUAUCCUUAUUGCCAUAGCAGCCCUCGGUGCCUUAAUUCUAGGUUGCUGGUGUUAUCUUCGCUUGCAAAAGAUCAGCCAAUCAGAAGAUGAGGAGAGUAUUGUUGGGGAAGGAGAGACCAAAGAGCCUUUUCUUUUGGUUCAAUAUUCUGCCAAAGGACCCCGAGUGGAAAAGAAAACCAAGUUAACCCCUAAUGGCACGGAGAGUCAUAGCUAAGUCUCUGCGUCGAUCCAGCCGAGAUGUUACAAGAAAGCAGAACUACUACUGUGAAAAUAGACUCAUGUCCUGGCCGGCCGGAAGGCGAAUUCUCUCGAUGGCGGCCCUUCUAUGGCUAACUCUGCAUGUGCAGUACUCUUUCCUACAAUCCUCUAUUUUCAUACCAUGUGUUACUUGAAUGUGCUUCAUCCACCGUAAAGGGACCUCUUCCCCGGAAUGUGAACAUACUGAUCCCGUAACCAGUAUAAUGUGCUUGCGUUGUUUAAGCAUCCCUCUAAAUUUGUCUUUAUAGGACGGCAAAAGUAAUUCAACAAAGGAACUACAAGAUUUUUCUCUGCAACAACGUCUAAUCACAGAUGGAUUUUAUUAUAUUUGUAAUUUCAAUGUUUGCUAGUGUCAUUUAACACUACGUUUCCAUCUCCUUUUUCCUGUAGCAAGUGAAAGGUGGAAAAUGACAUGGCUUGUUAAAUUAAGCUUUACAACUGCAGUGACGCUGCCGAUCCUGGUGGAUCACCGUAGGGAGCCAGUGAUCGGGAACAUGCCUUACGAGUGAGUGACCAGGAGGCUCCCUGAGAGGAAGCGGCAGAUGAGCAGUUACACAAUUUUAUUUUUUCUAAUAAUGAAAUCAGCAUUUUAGAUAUUCACUACAAAACUGACAUUUGUAUGUUCUCAUUGUGUUAAGUUAUUGUAUAAAUGAAUAAUGUAGACGCAUAAUAAGGUGGUUUUCUUUUAUACAAACCACAGUACUGUGUUAUCUGUUUGUUUUAAUUACAAUCAUUGUAAGGUAAUGUUGCAUUCUGCAGAAUGCAACAUUAAAUUCACUUUUUUGUGAAAACUGGUCUAAAGUUGGGUUGAAUUUGGUUAUUUUGGUACCAGAUGACCUUCUUGUUAGACUUAAUGCCAAAUUAUGUUAAGUAACCUGUAUUCCAAGUGUACCCACUAUAUCAGUUCCCACUGCAGGCAGACAUUUUAUGUUAUGAGCUAAUAUUGUCUAUCAGUGCUGUGUAAAAUUUUCACAUAUACCCCUUUUCCACUAAAAACCUGGGUAUGACAUGGGAAAUAUAAUUUCAAGCCAUGUGACAGUGGGCUUGAAACCCUGUUCAUACCGCAGGCUGGACUCGGGUUAGUUGCGGGUCUUCCCUCUGCCAGCACUUAAAUGACAUCCUCUCCAAAUGUCGGUGAAGUGGCUGUCCAUAAGCUUUUAGCAGGACCUGGGUUGGAUGACCUGGGUCACUGUUUUCACUGCAGCCUUACCUGGGUCCGACCUUGGUCGGAUUCCCAGGUCACUGGACCCAGGUUAUUUUUCAGCAAUGGAAUAGGGGUAAUAGUAGGCUUGACUUCAAGGCUACAUACUCACUGGCGUUUUUUAACCACAUAGGGCAGGGGGGUAUGCAAUUAGGUCCGUUCUUUUAGCCUAGCCGAAAAACUGGACUUUUCGCUAUUUUUAGGGUAAACAGGGAUUUGCCCUAUUCAAUAGCGGGGCCGUUUUUCAGUUAGGCUAAAAAUUCAACAGGAGCGAAAAACAUAUGGAUUGGUGAAUCCACAUGUUUUCUCACCUGUUCUGGUGAAAACACGGGCCGUUUGAGGCAUUUUUUGCCAAUGCCUUUUCACACAAAAAGGUGAAAAGACACUGGUGAAAUUUUCCCUAAAACAAUGGGUGAAAAUGGCCUCCAUUCAAUAGGCAGGGAGGCAAAAUCAAUAGUUCAGAGAUUCCUGUAGCUAAUUGCAUACCCCCUUCCCCCCCAUCCCCCAAUACUCUACAUUUCUAGAUACAUUUUCUUUCAUCCACUAGGGGACACUGGAGCUUACGCUGGGGUAUAUAGGCUUGGUUGCUGGGAGCUAGGCACAUGAUAAUUAGAAAAGUGUGUAGCGCCUCCCCCUCUAGUACCCACAUCUGCGUUGUUGCGCAUCUGAGAACAAGAAAAGUUCAAAAUGAAGCAUCACAAUGCAGCUUAGAUGCUAGUGACCGCACAUGUAUUAUAUGGUCUCAUUUGGUACAAUUCUUUUUUUUUUUUUUUUUUCUGUUUAUUUGCCCUUAAAUGUAUCAUUUUAACAGUUGUGAGUACAUAGCCUAAAUGAGUGCUUCUCAACUCUGGGUCCUCCAGUAUCUCCCAACAGGUCAUGUUUUGUGGAUUUCUAUAAUGAACGGGUGAGUUCGUUCUUUUUGUUUCAGUAAUUAUAUCACCUAUAUCCACAGACAAAUCCUGAAAACAUGACCUGUUUGGGGUUCAAGAUGGUUGAGGUUGAGAACUGCCGGCCUUAAGGAUACCAAAACAUUAAUCAUGGAAUAUGACCAAUUAAUGUGUUGGUAUACAGUAUAACGCAAUAACAAUGUUCAUGAAUUUACUAAUUUUAAAUUGAGACAACCAGUUUUUAUACUUAUUUAUGGUAAAUAGAAUUAUGAUGGAAGUAGUUUUAAAAAAAAUUAAUAAAAAAUUAAGUGGAAAUAUAUUUACGAAGCCGUGGCUUUUGCAAGCCGUCGGCUCUUGGCAGCUUUCAGGUUAAAACUGAAAGCGGCAUUAACAUUACAUCGAAAACCAUGCAUGCUUUACACUUAAUGGUAGUGCUGCUUUAGAGUUUCACCUGAAACCUUACUGAGAAGUAGUGGCUUUUGUAAAUAUAGCCCAUUGUGUUGAAGUGAUUUAUGGAACACAAGCCUCUGGCAUUCUUUAAUUUGGUUUUGAAUUUGCUUCCUCUCUUGGGCUUUUAGAGUAAAACAUAACAUCCUGCAAUCUUCUAACUUUAAUGAAAUGUUCUUUUAAAUGUUUUUAUAAGAGAUAUGUAUUCUAUUAAUCGGGUAAUUUAGUUUACAAAAUGUCAAUCACACUUAAGUAGCUUACACAGACAUAUGAUGAAAAUCCCCCUGAAUCAUUUGCAAUUAUCCUUAUUGCCUGGAUAAUGGUGAAGUAAGCAGUUACUCAUCCGUGCAUAUAUCUUACUAACCCUAGUUAUAAAAAAUAAGAGCAGCCCUGGACAUACCCUGUGUGACGAUCUCUGCGAUGCUGGAGCCGGCUUUGACGUCAGACAUCCCCCCUCCGUUCUCCUAGAAACUCCUGCGUUUUCCUUACCACUCCCCGAAAACGGCCGCCAAUGGACAGGUGAUGCUCCGGAACACCUUCCUUCUGUCAAUCUUCUUGCAGUCGCCGCUGCGACCGGUUUCUUUGUUUCCAGCGUCGUAGCUCGGCCCAACGUCUCGUGCGCACACCUGACUUGAUCGCACUGCUGCGAUCGGGUCGGAAUGACCCCCAUAGUGUGAUCAGAGCAGGACAACAACUAGCAGUGGCAGAGAAAUAAUGGUAGUACAUUUAUAAUAACUGUUUUGGGGUAUUAACUGUCAAAUUUAAAUUGCCAGAUUUAUUGCAAAUAUCAAACUAGCUUUCGAUGGACUACUUAUUGUACAUCAUAUUGAAUGCAAUGAUUUUUCACUUAUUUCAAAUUUGAAAUUAGCUUUUUUCGUUUCCUCUCUGGCUGUAGUAGAAGACAAAUGUUACAUUUGAAUGCUAAAUAAAACCUAAGAGACUUAAUACA